AUGUCGGAGAUGUACUCGGGGCUCCAUGUGGGCCAACGAUUUAGCUCCCUGGAGGAGUUCAAGGCACUGGUCCGCAAUAUCUCUGUGCGGCAGCAUUGGGAGCUGCGGGUGACGAGGAGCAACAAGAAAAGCGUGGUGAUCGGCUGUCGGUCGUCGAGCAAUUGCUUCUUUCGCGUCGUGUGUCGAGCGAACAAGAACUCCACCUAUAUCAGUAGCCUUCAAGACAGCCACAGUUGUCGGAGAAAUGAGUCUUCGGCAUCAAAAGCGCCAGUGCGCUCGGAGGUCUCGCAUGUGCGCUUCCUUCUGGCCGAAAUUCCCAAGCUUUUCGAUAUAACCAGCAGCAUCAAGGCACAGGACGUCGUAGAUGCUGUGAAGCGCUAUCAUGGAUAUCAGAUCUCCAUGCGACAAGCUCAACGCGCUCUGAUCCGAUUGCAGCAACAGCAGCCGCAGGGCCAAGCUGAGCGAGCAGAGACCCUAGAGUCCAGUGGAGAUGACCACCAGGACAGCCAACUGCCUGCCUCCGAGGAGCAAGCCGAGGGUUCGGCCUACAGCGGUCUGUCGGGACAGAGAUGGAUGCCAGAGAAUCUUCAGUCUCACCUCGUCGACAACAGUGUUCAGCAGGUGGAUAUCCAACGGAAUCCGGGUCUUCGGGCCCCAUCAUUGCACCCAGAACCAGUGCAACCUCAUCCGCAUUUACAUAACCCGCAUCCAUUACCACCUGCUCCUCAUGUCCAAUCCCAACCCGAUAUUCAAACGCAAAGCGUAUCAACGCUCGGCAGCUCGCUUAACCAUCAGUCUGUCCCUCAUCAGACUCUUUAUACUAUACCGACGCCUCCUACGCAGACGAGCCAACGGCCUCAACGACCGCUUCCGGAUGCCGGACAUCCUUCUGCACCGCCACCGCUGAUUCUUACCAACUUCAAGAUUGAAUUCACCUGCACCACAUGCGGGGCAUUCAACCAGAGCUUCUUUCCGAACCAUGGAAACGUCACCGGGGGUAGCUAUCUCCCCCAGCACGCGGUCGCUAGCCAGCCACGUGCUGCAGAGGGAUCAGGACCUGCGGCUCAGACUGUGCAAGGCAGCAAUAGCGGUGGUAGAGUAGGCGAUACACAUGGAUACGGCACGGACACCACUGCAGGCACACGUGGUGUACAAGGUCCUUGGGCGUCAGGGGGUCUCGAGGUCCCAAUUGCGCAGACGCACACUUGA